AUGAGGAUGAAGAUGGAAGGCUGUGUGCAGCUCAUCAUUGGGCCGAUGUUCAGUGGCAAAAGCACGGAGCUCAUUCGUCGCAUUCAUCGUUAUCAGCACGCCAAGCUAAAAUGUCUCGUAGUCAAGUACCUCUUCGAUACUCGCCACUCGGACGGAAUGUUAGCAACUCAUGACAAGGCGCUCGUGAUGGCAAUGCCAGUGCAGACUCUGGCUGAAGUGCGACCUUUCCUAGAGAAGGUGGACGUGAUUGGCAUUGACGAAGGACAGUUCUACCCGGACCUGGUUGAGUUUUGCCAAGAUGCAGCAAAUAUGGGCAAGAUGGUGGUCGUUGCGGCGCUGGAUGCGACAUUUGAGAGAAACGCUUUCGACAAUGUGAUAAAGCUUAUCCCUGUAGCCGAGCAAGUCAUCAAACUAAACGCCAUCUGCUCGUCGUGCGGACACGACGCAGCUUUCACACGGCGUCUUGUGGCCGACAAGACACUCGAGCUCAUCGGGGGCAGCGAAAUGUACGAGCCGCGCUGCCGACAGUGCUUCAGCUUGAAUUCGGUACAGAGUAGUGCUUCCUAG